GGGGAGGGGAAGGCCGAGCGGAAAAGAAGGUGUGACGGAGGAAGCUCCGGUGGAACUGGUCGGCUCUCCCUCCGAGGACACUAACCGUAAGCUCUUCCGCAGCCGAGCCACGACGGAAAAUGCGUUUCAUGCCGAGGGGGCGUUACUCCGUCGCCAAUGGGCGGGCGCCGGGGAGACGGAGGAGCCAAUGAGUGCGAGAUGUUGAGUGACAGCUGUCCAAUCGAGACCCUCAGUGCUAGGAGGGUUUGCUGCUGAAGCGCCGCCGCCGUCUGAGGAAUGUCAACUAUUCAACAUGGAGGCGGAGGUCGAAAAGCUGGAACUGAUGUUCCAGAAAGCUGACUCCGACCUGAAUUACAUUCAGCACAGGCUGGAAUAUGAAAUCAAGGCUAAUCAUCCUGAGUCUGCGGGCGAGAAAAAUCCAGUAACACUCUUAAAGGAAAUGUCAGCAAUGAAGUCUCGAUAUCAAGCUUUGUUUGCGCGCUUUAAACCACUUGCCGCUGAGCAGAAAGAGACCAAAAACCGCAUUUGUGCUGCAGUGAAUAAGACUAUGAUCGCGAUACAACAACUGCAAAAGCAAACAGACCUGGAGCUGUCAGCACUAACUGAAGAGGAGAAAGCUGCAACAGAGCAAUUCAAGUCUCACAUGCUGGACCCAUGAAGACACGGAAUUGCAACAGUGAACUUAAAUGGAAAAGAGAUCAAUUCCAAAGAAAUUUAGGAAAAUAUCUUGUUAACACUUGGCUUCCAGAGGUCGAGCCUGGUGAAAAAGGAGGGUUGGCUUAAGUGUUUGGUUAAUGAUGGUUUUCAAACAGGAUAAAAUAAGAGGGACAAAUACAGAAUGAAGUAUAGCUCAAAAGAUGGGAUGUGAAUAAAGGAUUUUAGAUAUAUACACACA